AUGGCGAGUGGUAGCGAUAUUAUAGGAAUCACGAGACAAUUUCAAAUGACUGAUCGUCAACCGAUGGACCUGCUGGAGGCCGUAGAGGCAUUGCAAGAAUUACACGAGCGCUACCGUGAGGUCGCGCAUCGCAGGGAGUACGUGCGAAUGGAGCACGUACCAUUCCUGGAUGCGCGGCUCCGAACGUUUGAUGAGUACUUGGCCGUGUCUACGCCUACCAACUUCACACACUAUACGAGACUUCAGCCUGCAGAAUUUGAGAGAGAUUUGCAACCAGGAAAGAUGUGCGCUGUGCAGCCCAGUUUUCACGGAGACGACACGAUCUUCGAGCAACGCGUGAUUCGACUCGGUCCGUGUGAAAUAGACUGGGAUUACGACAUAAUGAUAGCCAUUCUUGCCAAGGCUUACGAUUUAUCAGUGCCGAUCGUCAUCUAUGGAGAUAUCCAUGGCCAAUACAGUGACAUCUGGAGAUGGUUUCAUGUGAAUGGAUGGCCUCCUGAAACACCAACCCUUUUCUUGGGAGAUUAUGUCGACAGAGGUCGACAUAGCACAGAGACCUAUAAUUUCUACAGCGAACUGAAAGCACGAUAUCCUAAGACGUUCAAAAAAAUUUAUCGCAAAAUUACGGAUGUUUUC